GUCACUUUGAACGCAGAGCCACCCACCCCACCCCUCCUCUUUUCUUCUUCCUAGAAAUCAAAAAGGAAGCCCGCUCCCGACCCUUGAAAUUCGCUUCACUUUCUUCUUCUUAUAUAUUCGCAUUGCAGAACGAAGCCAAAACAAUGGCAAAUGAGUUGUCAAACUCUCCUCCAAAUUUGGAUGAUGGUGAACUGUGGCUCCCUUCUGAUAUUUUCCUUAACGAAGCCCCUUCCAAAUUCAAGCCCCUCCUUCCCCACCAUCUCCCUUUCUCUUGCAUGGACGAUUUAGCUCCUCGCUUUGCCUCCCUUUCUCUUCCUAAACAUCAGCAAAAGCUACCUAAAGCUACCAACUUUGAGAGGCUUAAAGAACCGGUUUGUUGCGGUUCGAUGAAUGGCAGUGGUUUUAAAGGGGGUCAAAGCUUAUACGGUUUCAGAACCGGUCCAUUUCUCGGCGGGACUAAGCCGGUUCACGAAUUUCAGUUCUUGAAACCAACCCCAGCCCAGGUUGAGAGCUAUGUUGAAGCAAGGGCUAGGGUUCUGCAAAGGCAACAAAACCGGCUCAUUCAAAACCGGGUUUUUCCAUUUCAAGCAAGUGGUUUUAAUGCUAAUAAGUAUGGGUUAGGAGGUGGUUUGGUGAGAGAAUGUGGAGGCACUGGAGUUUUUCAUCCCCGCACUGUUAACACUGACCUGAAUGCCAGCACUACUUUUCAUUACAAGAAGAAACAAAGUGUGAGAAAUAGACAAUUGCAGGAGAGUCAAGUCAGCUCCAUGAAAAGGGUUGGUGUUACUGUUGCCAAGCAGGAGGAUUGCUAUUAUCAUCUUCCUGCGGAGAUGGGGUUGCCUAGGGACUGGACAUACUGACCUUCUCUCUUCACUCUUCCAUGCAACAAGUGGUUUGCCAUAAAAUAUGAUGAUGAUAGAGAAUAAGGGAGCUCUAGGUGAAAUAAACUUUUGGGUUUUGUGCAGCCUGUAGAAAAUAUAACAGGCAUUGAGGCAAGUAGGUCUAGUCUCUUUUCUUUACCUCUGUAGUGUAGAGAUAAAUAAAGUGUGUGUUGGAAAGGUCAUUAUGGUGAA